AGGCGCAGAGAGUGAGCCAAGAUGGCGGCGCCCGUGGACCUGGAGUUGAAGAAGGCCUUCACAGAGCUUCAAGCUAAAGUUAUUGACACCCAACAGAAGGUGAAGCUUGCAGACAUACAGAUUGAACAGCUAAACAGAACGAAAAAGCAUGCCCAUCUUACAGAUACAGAGAUUAUGACUUUGGUAGACGAAACUAACAUGUAUGAAGGUGUAGGAAGAAUGUUUAUUCUUCAGUCCAAGGAGGUAAUUCAUAAUCAGCUGUUAGAGAAACAGAAAAUUGCAGAAGAAAAAAUUAAAGAAUUGGAACAGAAAAAAUCCUACCUGGAGCGCAGUGUGAAGGAAGCUGAGGACAACAUCCGGGAGAUGCUGAUGGCACGAAGGGCACAGUAGGAAGCCUCAAGGGAAACUUUUCCUCCUGACCCCUCCUAUUCUUGGCAAGGACAAGGAGCCUAUGCAGGGAAAUGGCCUCUGCUUUACCCUGAUAGAUGUUUUAUCUGGAUGGUCUGGUAACCCUAUGUUUUCUACAUCACCCUGAGCCCCUUUCAAAUCCCAACCCUGUAUUAUUUUUCCUGGCUUUGCCUGCCACCCCUGCCUAAGACACUCCUCUCCCCUGGAGGUGAGUCAUGAACUCUCAGGAGAGGGAAGAUUGGAGCCAGGACAGAUAGGGGAGCUCUGCCCAUGCUCCCUACUAGUCAUGCUGGUCAGACCAAUAAAAGGCAUUUGUGCCACUCUA